AUGGAGGAUGAAGAAGAAAAGAAGAAAAAGAUGGUAGUUUUCCUCCCAAUGUGGAAUGACAGCACAAGGACUCUUAUGUCAAACACUGGCUUGAGGAUCACACAGUCCCCAUUUCAAGCUGGGCAAAAUCAAGAAACACUCAAGGUAGGAAAGGAGAAGUUCCACAAAUCUCAACACUGGGGUUUUUGCAACAAUGUUAGGAUGCUGGUGAGUGAAGAUAAGCCUGGAAUAGGGGGAGAACUGCUACUUGGACAAAAGGUGAAGCCUAAAUACAGUGCAUUUCCUAGAGGAACAGCAACCAAUGUGCCAUCCUGGGUAGCUUUUGAUAAGCAGGUAUUAUCUUUUGAUGCCUAUGUAGAAGAUGAAGUACCUGAUAUGAGUGAAGAAAAAUAUAGAAUAAGACACUAUAAAAUCUACUUCUACCCUGAAGAUGACACCAUUCAAGUAAAUGAACGAGAGUUGAAAAAUAGUGGACUGCCUCAAGGGACUUCAAUCCGGUGUCAUCGGAUUUCUCUCCCACCUCCUGAUGAGGAUCAGUUUUAUACUGUCUAUCAUUUUAAUAUCAACAUAGACAUUGUCUUUUAUGGCCGGACAUUUAAGAUUUAUGACUGUGAUACGUUCACAAAAAACUUCUUGAAGAAAAUAGGGGUCAAAUUAAAUCCCCCAGGACAGUGUCCAGAAGAUCCUUACGUGAAGACACGGAGAAAGAUGCUAGAGUGCAUGAAGCCCUUACGUCCCUAUGAGUCCUUUUAUACUCUGAAACAGUUCCUUGAGUAUGAUAGGAAGGUUUUGCGUUUCUUCUGCCUGUGGGAUGACUCAGCCUCAUUGCUUGGGGAAUGUAGAGAACUCAUCCUGCAUUACUUUCUGUCUGAUGACACUAUUGAAAUCAAAGAAGUUUUGCCAGACAACUCAGGUCGGCAUGCUGUGCCAUUCUUCCUCCAGAGGAGAAAGCUACCCAAGUAUGGCCCACCUGGAGUCUAUCAACCAGGCGACGUAACAGACCAAAUAGUUCUCAAUUUGUGUCGUGGCUCGGUAGAGAACCGAGCGCAUAGCUGCUGCCUUUUGGAAAGACACAAGGCAGGAAAAUUAGACCAAGACUUUUACAAAGAUAGUGACCUGUCCAUAGGAACCAUCAUCAAUGUGUGGGGAAGAAAAGUGCUCCUUUGUGACUGUGAUGAAUUUACAAAGACGUAUUAUAAGACUAAAUAUGGAAUUGAGAACUUUACCUCCAUUCCAUGUAAGGCUCCACCUCCUCUGAAAAUAGAAAGGAAAUUUCCACCUUAUACCAACUUUGGUUCUGAAGAGGAUUCUCUCCGCUCCUGCAUAGCUCUCAUGCCCACACCUCAUACAAAGAUCAGAAAGUUCAUGGAAAAAGACAGAAAUGUCAACAUAAGCAGUACACUCCGGUUUUUCGCUAAACUGUUCACAUACAAAUGUGCCGACGUGGACAGGAUGUUUGUUAUUUCAUAUUUUCUCAGCGAUGACACAGUUUCAGUGUUUGAACCUAUAGAGAAGAAUUCAGGGAUUACUGGUGGGAAGUUCUUGAAAAGGAGUCGUGUUAAGAAGCCUGGACAAGAAAUCUUUAAAAGUGAACUAUCAGAGUAUAUCAAGGCCGAGGAGCUGUAUGUUGGAGCUAAAGUGAAUUUAAAUGGCUACCUAUUUCUUCUGCUCAAUGCUGAUGAAUAUACCUUCAACUACAUGGAAAAGCAUUCAGAUAAGUUUCCUAAGAGCAGCAUCAAACUUGCCCUACAAAAGCUCAAAGAAGAACCCAAGUCCAGAGAGCUCAAGAAGCUGUUUGUAGCUGCUGACUAUAGGCACGCAAAGAUGGUGGAUUAUAAUACGUUCAGGUUUGAAGACAGUGAAGAACAAAUAAAUUAUGAGUCAUUUUUCUGUGCCCUGAACUGGAGAAUACAUCCAAUGCCCGCAUUGGAAGCAGUGUCAUAUGAUAAAGAGAAAUGUGAAGAUGUGUGGCUCGGGAUGCCGUCACCUAUUCCUGUGAAAUACAUUAACUAUUUAAACCUUUUUAAGGACAUGUUUGGCUUAGAGGAGGAGUAACUGUGCCAGUUUCGGUCAACUUUGAUUCCCUUCCUAACUUUGCCAACUUUAUUUCAGUAGAUAAAAUUUCCUUAAAACAAAAAGAAGCAAGGUUCAUGUAGACCAAAAUUAAUCUCCUUUUGUCACUUAAUUUUUUCAGAACAUCAUACUGCUGAUAUACCUGCACUAUUAAA